CUCAGAGAACAUCAUUUUAAUUUUAACUAGUAUUAAAAUUGAAAUUAAAACCAAAAACAAAAAAAACAAUUUGUCAAAUGGUUUCGGUCGAAUCAUCCAAAACGAAAGAUAACGUUGAUCAUAAAAGAGAUGCAGAAGCAGCAACAACAACUACGACAACGAAACCUGGUAAAUGCCAUGAUAUACAGCAGCAGCAGCAACAACGACGACAACAAUCAUCAUCAUCAUCAUCAUCUAUUGACAAUAGCAACAACAAUUCUAAUUGCAUUAAUGAUGAAUUACCUGUUAUCGACUUUGUCGUUGGUCAAAAACAACAACAACAACAACAAUUGUCAACCAUAUCACAAUCAUCAAUUGAUGAAAACUUGAAACCAAUUCUUUAUACAAUCGUCAACAAAAAUCCGAUGUUGUUGUUAAUAGUGAUGUGA